AUGGCAAGCUGCAGCGGCUCCAAGGCCGAUUUCAUCAUCAGAGGGAGAUAUAAACUGGUACAGAAGAUUGGGUCUGGCUCUGUCGGGGACAUUUAUUUGGCCAUCAACAUUACCAACUGCGAGGAAGUGGCAGUGAAGUUAGAAUCUCAGAGGGUGAUGCAAUCCCAGUUACUGUAUGAGAGCGAACUCUAUAACAUUCUUCAAGGUGGGGUUGGCAUCCCCCAGAUACGGUGCUAUGGUCAGGGAACGGACUAUAAUGUGCUAAUCAUGGAUCUUCUUGGAGCCAGCUUCGAAGAUCUUUUCAAUUUCUGUUCAAGAAGCCUCAGAACGAAAACUGUACUUAUGUUAGCUGACCAGAUGAUCAGUAGAAUCAAAUAUGUGCAUACAAAAAAUCUGAUACACAGAGACAUUAAACCAGGUAACUUCCUGAUGGGUACUGGGCAAUCGUGGAAGAAGUUAUUCCUUAUUGAUUUUGGUUUGGCCAAAAAGUACUUAGAUAACAGUACAAGACAGCACAUACCAUACAGAAUAGGUAAAAAUCUCACUGGCACUGCUUAUGCUAGCAUCAAUACACAUCUUGGUAUUGAACAGAGUUGGCGAGAUGACAUGAAAUCAUUAGGGUAUGUUUUGAUGUAUUUUAAUAGAGCCAGCCUGCCAUGGCAAGAAGUAAAGGCUGCAACAAUGAAACAAAAAUAUGAAAAGAUUUGCGAAAAGAAGAUGGCCACACCUGUUGAUGUUUUAUGUAAGCGAUUUCCUGUAGAAUUUGCCAUGUACUUAAAGUAUUGUUGUGGGCUGUGCUUUGAGGAAGCCCCGGACUACAUGUACUUGAGGCUGCUAUUCCGCCUUCUUUUCAGGACCCUGAAUCACCAACAUGACUAUGCAUUUGAUUGGACAGUGUUAAAGCAGAAAGCAGCACAGCAGGCAGCCUCUUCAAGUGGGCAGGGUCAGCAGGCCCAAACCCCCAAAGGCAAGCAAACUGACAAAACCAAAAGCAAAGUGACAGGUUUCCAAGCAUGA